AUGGGUGUAAUAUGCCCAGUAAAGCCACCACGGCUCGCCCAUAACUCCAUAUUCUUUAUGACCGGCCUCUGCUAUGAUAAACAUAAUCUAGAGGUUCACCUCAAGAUUUGGCUUCAUACAGCAUAUCCGGAAAGGGAUACCCUUUCUGAAAUCAUGCUGCUGUUAUUGAACCCUGUGUUCCUUAUUACAGGUAAAAGACAGCAUGUCAUGAGGACUUUCCAAGGUCAUAACCCCAACACUAUGAAAGUUCAUUCUCGCAAGUCUCAACCUUCAAAAAAGAAGCCUCGCGAGUUCUAUGACACUGUUGAGGUACACAUUAUUGAUGAUGACAGUGAUGGUGAUGCGAAUAUCCACAAGGAUUACUCAAUGGAAGACACAUCAAAGCACCUUGUCAUGUACAAUCCUGAGAUCACGUAUGACAAACAAGGGGAAGUUGAAGUUACUGAGCCUAUAGAUAACUAUACUUCGCUGAACCAAAGAUACAUGAAGCCAAGACACGGAUAUAACACUGUUUUACCAUCUAUCGGUGCUUACACCGUGCAAUGUGCUCACUGCUUCAAAUGGAGGAUCAUCCCAACAAAAGAGAAAUAUGAAGAGAUACGUGAGAAUAUUUGUCAGGAUGUGUUUGUAUGUGAAAGAGCUCGUGAAUGGAACCGUGUUAUAUCUUGCGUUGAUCCUGAAGAUAUAUCACAGGAUGGAAGUAGGGUGUGGGCGAUUGACAAGGCAAGCAUUUCCCAGACUCCUCCUGGCUGGGAUAGAGAGGUCAGAAUCAGAGGAGAGGGUUGCAGCAAGUUUGCAGAUGUUUCUAGUUGGUCUGGUACAACAAAACGAAGCUCUGGAAAAGCUCUGGAAAGUUCUUGAAAUAUUUCCCAGGAAAUGAUGUAAUUAUUAUGUCCAUAUUCUAGGUACUUGGCAGAGAACCCACACUACAUUAGGCAAGGGGUUAACUUAACCCAGUUCUCUUUCGCCACCCCCAAGCCUCUGCAAGAAGACUAUGUCAGGAAGCAUACAUAUGCAGCAACUCCUGAAUUACCAGAGCUUCUUGAGACUGCGCAAGUGGAUCCACUCUGCUGGGCAGCACCCCCUACACGCAGCGAACUGCUUGGUGAGCUUGGUGCUUCAACCUCAAGAUCUGUUGAUGUCAGCCAGUCUGAGGUGUCAUACCCUGUAGACUUGCACCAGCCCGAGGAGUCUGCGCCACUACCUCCACGCACAAAGAAGAAAACUAUGAAACGAGGGCGAGUGUCAGCAACGGGGUCUCAAUCGACUCCACCUGGUUCAUCCAAAGAUCAGUCUGGAGGAUGCGUAAGCGACGUCGAGUUUGUUUCGCUGUGAACUCUGGAUGCAGUGCCUUUGUCUCUGUCAGUCUGCCUUUUGGUUCGUCUCAUUGUCUAUACCUCUCAAGAAACAUAAACUUCGACCUAUAUGCCCAAUGUUUUGGGUUUGAUCAGAUGCGCUAAGCAUCGAAUUUUGGUAAUCUAACUACGUCUUAACAUGGCCAUGACAUAGGCUGUAGCAUCCACAUAACUAGGUAGCCAGCACUAGUCUGAUAGACUUGGCAGAAUAUGUUAGCCAGCAUUAGUCUGAUAGACUUGGCAGAAUAUUUUCCAUGGACAGCCUGCUACAUAUGUUGAUAUGGUAGUUGUACUGGUAUUGUAACAUGGAAGUCUGGAGUAGACAGACAGUGUUAUCAGUGUACCAGAUGUUUUAUGCUUCGUUUUUCUGUCUCUUGUCUUUGGAUGCUUUGUGUUGAUGCUCGAUUAAC